GUUCCGCCUUGGUGUGACGCACGUCUCAUGCUACGGUACGCCAUUUGUGUCUAGCUACAAAAAGCGCGGACGGUGGGAAGAUUUGCAAAAUUGGAGGUGCUUGAUUCAUCUUCAACUCGAGCCAUUUUCACAGCGUUAUGUAAGUACAGCAAGACAUGAUAUAGAUAAGAAACCUAUGGAAUUUAUAUGAGAAAAGAAGACUCCUUUGGACAAAAUGCCAAACAAGGGACAGCCAGAUGAUGUGGAGAUGGAGGAUGCACAAGUCAACUCACCCAGUACAACUCUGGAGAUUGAAAAAGUUGAUGCAGCACCCACGCGGAAGCUGCAACCAGGCUCUCUGAGUGAAAAUGAGACUACUCGAUGCACCGUCUGUGACUUCUCAGCAAAAUGCUCAAGAUCACUGAAGAUUCACUAUGCAAGGAAACAUAAGAGGAGCGCUAAAGAAAAUGUAAAAACAGCUGAGGACAGCGAAAACAUCUCAGAUGACAACCCAGGUGAAGUUCAAAAAGAGAUCGACAUGGAGACAGAGAGUGCUACUCAAGUUCAACAAAACAUUGAAUCUAAUCUCAAUCCUAAUCUUGAGCCUAAUGAGCCGAGCUCAGCUUCCCAUGAGGGUGGUUUAAGUAGAAAGGUGGUGACAUGGGCCCAGGAGGCAACUCAAGAGCAGACUGUAUCUCCUCAAGAGAGAAGAGUGAGCAAACGAACCCCAAAACCCAAGAUUAUAUAUUCAUGCAACUACUGUGGACAGGAGUUUAGGGACCAGUCUCCUCUUGAUGUACAUAUCCAGAGACACCACAGCAAAGACACCCCAUACACAUUUGGUGAUGAAGAAAACAUGGAUGAAGAAGAGGAGGCUGAAGACAGUGAAAGUUCUUUAAAGAUUACCCCUGUACAAGUGAUGCUAAAACGUCCAGUGAGCAGAACUCAACUGAAGUGUGCAAACUGCGAUUUCAAGGUAUUCACACGCUCCUUGCUAGAGAGCCAUGCUCGCGUCAAGCACCCCGGCUUGGAUUGGUACCGCUGUAAAUUAUGUAACUUCUUUUCCGCUACAUCUGAAUGGAUGGACAGACAUCUUUGCUCAGAUACCCACAUGCAACAUCUGGUCAGGCAGAAUAGUGAAGAGUCUUCCUGCACGGCGGAGUAUGUUGAGAGGGUAAACAAAGGAGAUGGAGGUGGAGAUGGCAUAGCUGUUGUGGCCCAGGGAAUCAAAGAGUCAAUGGAGGCAGCUCAAGCUGUAGCAGAAGAAGAAGAAGAAGAAGAAGAAGACGAUGUGGAAUUGGAGCCUCCAAAACGGAAAAGAGGGAGGCCAAAACAAGUGUCCUCAACCAAAUGUGGUUAUUGUGGCUUAAUUGUAUCUAAUGCCACCAACCUAGGUAUCCAUGUUCGUCGUAAACACAGCAAGGAAUAUGUUUACCGGUGUACUGUGUGCAAUUAUAGCUGUGUGACCAAAGGAGACAUAGAUCGUCAUUGUAUCACAAAAAAACACAUGAAGCGUGUUCAACAGUGUGCAAACAGCCCUGCCAAAAAUCUUGAAAGCACUUCACCUCAGGAACCCACAGAUACACAAUCCCCGGAACCAAAUGAAACAUCACAGUCCACAGAAAUACAGCAGGACUCGGAAGUCGCCAAAGAACACAGCAAAGAAGAUCGACUCGUGUCAUAUACAAGCCCACAAGAAGAUCAAUAUGACCGUGUUCUUUGCAGCCAUUGCGAUUUUGUAGCUCAGUCAGUCUCCUCCCUCCAUCUUCAUGUGAAAAAAAAACACACCAGGGACUAUGAAUAUGUCUGUCUGGCAUGCAAAUACUACGCUUUAACAAGCAAGGAAAUGACUCGCCAUGCCAGCACAGACCGACACAAGGAAAAAAGCCAGAUAUACCUGGCAUCACAGGAGAAUGGUGGUCAAAUGUCGGCACAGCUCAAGGAUCCUAUUGGUGCAAUGGUGCAUCCUGAGUCUGAACCUUUAAGCCUCCCAGAAGAAUCAAAGCAAAGUUCAGACAAAAAACUUGAAGAAAAAUGUCAGGACACAGUGGCAUCUUUUGUCAGUACUAAGCCUGUUGAUGCUGCAGAGGAAAAGGAAGCAGACAACAUUACAGCUUCCUCUGGCGAUCAAGAUUCGACUGACUGUACAGUAAGACAAACUGCACCGUCUGAUACCAAGUCCCCAACAGAGAUUGAACUUGUCGUGCAACAGUCUCAGCAACAAAGCCAAGCAGAAGAUGACAAACACGUGGAAGGGAUAAGCACAGAAAAAAGCUCUCUGUCAGUUCCGAAACCGUCCAAUGCCGGUGCUUUCGAUGCCUGCAUUGUGUCUGUGAAGGCCCUUGCUCAGCAGGACAAGGCACGGUUAGAGGGGCUUCCUUUGGAAGGCCAGGAUGCUGUUGAAGGUUUGACAAGAGAAGCACCAGAAUCCUCUGUGCUUCUGUCCCAUGUCUAUGUUAAAAAGUUUGAACCCACAGAAAGAAAGACAAAGAAUGAGGCCAAAUUGAGCAGCACCGGAAUCCGCUGUGAUGACUGUGGCUUUUUGGCAGACGGGCUCAGCGGUCUGAAUGUCCACAUCUCAAUGAAGCACCCGACCAAAGAUAAGCAUUUCCACUGCUUGGUGUGUGGCAAGUCAUUCUACACUGAGAGCAACCUGCAUCAGCACCUGACCAGUGCCUCCCACAUCCGAAAUGAGCAGAACAGCCUUGAAGAACGACUUGAAGGUGGAGCAUGCUUCAAGUGUACUAAAUGCACAGACCGCUUCGAAACGGAACAAGACCUGUUUAUUCACAUAAAGGAGAAACAUGACGAGCUGCUGAAACAAGUCAACAAAUAUGUGUUGGAGGACACCGAACAGAUCAAUCGUGAGCGGGAAGAGCACCAAGGCAACGUUUGCAAGUACUGCGGCAAAGUGGGCAAGAGCAGUAACUCCAUGGCCUUUCUGGCACACAUUCGCACACACACUGGAUCCAAGCCCUUUCUUUGUAAGAUCUGCCACUUUGCAACUGCUCAGCUGGGAGAUGCCAGGAAUCACGUGAAGAGACACCUGGGCAUGCGAGAGUACAAAUGCGAUAUCUGUGGAUGGGCCUUUGUGAUGAAGAAACACCUCAGUACCCACCUACUUGGAAAACAUGGAAUUGGCCAACGUAAAGAGAGGAAGUUCGAGUGCAAGUUGUGUGAGCGCUCCUUUAGUGAAAAAUGGGCCCUAAACAACCACCUGAAACUGCACAGUGGAGAGAAACCAUAUAAGUGUUCCUGGCCAUCCUGCCACUACGCCUUCCUCAACCUGUCAGCCAUGAAGGACCAUUAUCGUACACACACUGGUGAAAAGACUUUCCUCUGUGACCUGUGUGGUUUUGCUGGAGGGACACGACACGCUCUCACCAAGCACAGGCGCCAACACACAGGAGAGAGACCCUUCAAAUGCAAGCUUUGCAACUUUGCCUCUACUACCCAGUCCCACCUAUCAAGACACAAUCGUGUUCACACUGGGGAGAAACCAUACCGCUGCCCCUGGUGCGACUACAGAUCCAACUGUGCUGAGAAUAUCCGGAAGCACAUCCUCCAUACAGGUAAACAUGAGGGAGUGAAGAUGUACAACUGUCCAAAAUGUGACUACGGCACCAACUCUCCCAUUGAGUUCCGCAACCACCUGAAGGACAACCACCCUGAUAUUGAGAAUCCAGAUCUUGCUUACCUUCAUGCAGGUAUUGUGUCCAAAUCUUUUGAGUGCCGCCUUAAGGGCCUUGGGGCUUCUUUUGUGGAGACAGAGGCUUUGGCCGCCUCUGUGGGCAAGAAGAUCAGCGAAGAAGGACCUGUCCAGCAAGUCAUCAUCAUCCAAGGCUACAGUGAGGGAGAGGUGGCCAUCGACCAGACCCUGGAGGAGUCUGCUGCUGCCACCCUGCAGACCUUGGCCAUGGCCGGCCAGGUGGCAGAGGUGCUCCACAUCACAGAAGACGGACAAGUCAUUGCCUCAGGUAGGGAAGUGGCGUCCGCAGGGGCCCAGCUUGCCGGAGGGAGCACCCAGUAUGUAGUGCUGGCAGCAGGCGAGGCCGGCAAUCAGCUUCAGACUGUAGCUAGAGGAGCAGGAGCCUCUGAAGCUGCAGGACAAAGUCAUAUUUUGUCUGAGUCAUCCACAGCUCUGGAUGCUCUUCUCAGCGCUGUCAGUAAAAUGGGCCAUCAGGAGAAAAUGCAAGGAGAGGCAUCUGUCGUUCACAAGGUUGCAACCCCUGAGUUGGAGGAGUCCGUGCAGAGUGAAGGGCAGCCUGUGGUCAAACAGGAGGAGGAGGUGCAGGUCAUUAACCAGAAGGGUCAGGAAGAGAUGCAGGACCUGCUCAAACUGGCAGCUUCUCGGAUGAUGAAGGAAGGUCUGACCCAGGUGAUCGUCAACAACGAGGGCACCCACUAUAUUGUUACAGAGCUGGACAACUGCACCUUACAGGUGGAGGAAGGCGUGUACGAAGAGGCUGCUGCAGGAGAGCAUCAGGAAAACCAGCAGGCUGAGGACCCGCAGGAUGACGGCCCCUAAGAGGAACAUUUGUCUUUUCAAGUUAGAUGUCUAAUAAGGCGGGAACGUCAUGAAAAAAUUUAACGUUGAGUGAAUAUCCAAAUUCCCACACAAAUGUGACACUUUGAAACCAGCAUCCACAGCCUCUGUCUCGCUAGAGACCUACAACAUACAUGUGGUCCUCGCUUUAUGGCAUGCUGCACUCCCAUAAAUUCAUUAAAAAGGUAAUUUUGGUCCGUAAACACGAGAUUGUGCGGGUCAGCUCAAGUGCAGCCACACUACUGCCAACACUGGACAGUCGCGACCAUCAUUAAGGAUCAAGAUGGCACUGGAUCCUAUAAGGAUGACCAGGAGGUGGUCGAUCAACAGUCUCUUUCUUGCAAAAACAAAACAGGCUACUGCUGGCCAAACCACGCCAAAACAAUAUCAGGCAAACUCAACUGUCCUCUCUGCAAGCAGCCACACACACAGCCAGGACACGUCACUUUCAAAGACGGUCGGAAAUAACAAUAUUCUUUAACACGAUUAUACACAUAACUGCCAGGUUGCUGAUCCUGUGACAGUGACAGUAAUAACAGGGCAGCGGUCUUAUUAAUGACAUGGAAACGUUGCUCGUGCUUCGGCUUUUAUUUUCUUACUUAUUUUCGGAUUUAAUUCUUGUGUUUGGUGUUUUUGUUUGUGCAGUGUGAGUGACUUGUUUCAUUUCAGUGUAAGAUCCAACAUACACCAAAACUCGACUAUCUAGAAAUGGAAAUGGAGCACCUGUAAUAAUUGGGUAUUGGGUAAAUAUCACACCGAACAAUCACACUGAAGCACCCACACUGAUGAUGGUGUCGAUGAGUCAAACCAUUGACUUUAUUGACUUUGUUUUCAUCGUAUAAUGAUUGAGUUUUUUUAGUGUGGCUGUAAUGCUUCUUUAUAGAUACUGUUGCUAGUGUACACGGAAGGAAGGAGAAUGUUGUGAGUCGUAAGAUCUCCACACUACGAAGAGAAGGCUUCAUUCAUGCAUGGAACGUUUCUGGAAAAAAUGCUUAUGCAAUUAUCAUCACAAUUGUAAUUACUCACGAUUAAGGUAAGUCAUACAUAUUCUGCUUUAGGGUGGAUUUCCUGUGGGGGGGUUUUCUCCGUUAUGGUAUUGUUUAACAUUACUUCAAGCUUUCUAUUUUUCUUAUUUUUAUUAUUUCUAGUUAUUAGCAUACGAAUAGGCUUGUUUGGCACGGAAAGCAAAUCAUAUAGUUGGUGUACGCAUCACUGAUGCUACAUAAUGCAAGCUGUUAUUUGUGAGCUCGCCAUGUUCUAAAUUUAUUUUCAUUUCGGACAAUAAACAUUGAAGCCACUUUUAACAACUGCGUCCAUAGGUUUUUAUUGUUGUUCUGACACUUUAUCGCGGUGUUUGCUGUGAUUGUUGUGUCAUUUCAGCAUCAAUACUGCAUUUAUGUUCACAGCACAGCGCCGGCCAAUGAGAAAGCUCCAUGCACAUACGUGCAUUAACUGAUAGCUCCCAUCAUGCUUUCUGAUCACUAACAUAGUCAUUAUCAUCACCAUUAUCAUUAUCACCACCAUGAUCACCAUCACCCUAAUCGCCAUCCUCUCUUCCUUUCCCCCAUCAGGCCUAUUCCCUUCAUUGCAUAUAACACACUCAUCGUUUCUCUCCAACCCCCCCACAAACCCCUCAGUAUUUGGCACUGGAGGGAGAAUCAAUAUUCAUUUAGGCCGCUACACAGGCCUGCAGUUUCUGAUGGAGUGAGUGGGAGAGCAGUAUGACGGCUGCAAGCACAAUGGCUAAAAGUAGAGAGAGAAAGCACUCACACACUACCAGGGCAUCAAAAGAUCAUCCCUUUAACACAUGCAUACACACACACACACACACACACAGCGAGUGAGAAGGUGGGCUGAGAGAAAGUGGUGGACGAGUGGGCAGGAGAAAUGAGAGCAUUGCAGAUGGAUGUUGAGAGAGGUGAGGCCACAGAGAAGUGGAAGAGCAGCGAAGCCCACAAACACGCAGAGAGAAGCAGCAAUUUCACAUAACACCUGUCUGCCUUUUUAGCCUGUCUUGGUCUCCUGUUUGCACACCACUUUGCUUUUUUCAUUGCAUAGUUUUUUUGUUUUUUUUUUCUUCCUCCCUUUUCGGCAAAGGCCUGUGCAUUUACCAGAGGUCAGUUUCUGUGUGUGAGCACCCAUGCACGUCUCUAAGCGGGAUCCAAUGUUAACACCCACUGAGUGGAACAAUAACAUUGAAAUGCAGCACAUUUGCAGACUGCCCAACCAUAUGCCGCCUACUUUACAACAUAACCAUAUCACAUUCAAGAUGCAUAGAAAGUUAUGUAUGAAAGUAGGUAUGUAAUUGAUAGCGGGGUAAAAGUGCCCAAAAAAUUAAUUUAAUGCAAUUUACUUCUUUCAUUAAGUUUAAUUAAUGAUUUUUUUUACAUCUAUACAUAUUAGGGCUGUCAAUCAAUUAAAUUGUUAAUUGUGAUUAAUUGCAUUUUUGUCCAUGGUUAACUCGUAAUUAAUCGCAGAUGUUUUUAUCUCUAAAAAGUCUACCUUUGAAAGGUCAUUUUUACGUUUUUAAUGCACCAGUCAGCAUGAGACUUGAUAAGAUGCUUGUUUUAUACUAUUUUUCUUAAAGACAUUGUUUGUUUUUUUUAAACACCCCAACACAAAAUGGACUUUAGUGUCUCAAAAACAAACACCCUGUGCAACAAGUAGACAUUGGUAAGGUGAAAGGUCCAUCACUCAAAUAUCAUUCUACAUUACAAAUAAAGGUUAGCAAAAACACCCCACAACUAGUGAAAUGAAAGCACGGUGUUACAGCUUACAAAAACUAAAGUGCUCAAGAACAGUCAGUAGUUUACAGAACUAGGACUGCGCCCGUACAUUGUAGUGCAGUCAUGCCAUAGCUUAUACUUCACUUCCAAGCACUCUUUCACAGAGACAUACACACACACACAAACCGUCCUUGUGUUUGAAACACUUUCACACUUUUCCUGGUCUGUCGACUUCAGCAGUGUGGACGUAUGACACCAGGGGUUUUGCAAAAUGCAGCUUUUAUUCUGUACUCUUUGACAAACACAGCAGUUCAAGCACAGGCACUAAUAAAUCACAAAGAAAUAAUAAUAACGCUAAUAAAUUCCCUCGCGAUCCUUUGCUGCCAUCUCAUUGAGCGCUGUGUAUGUGCUCGCUCACUUCUACCUUUGUCCCCGCAUACUUGGGUGACACAGGCCCUCCAAAUAGCUGUCUCUAGCAGGUCAUAACCCAAAUUUUAGCUCGCUGUCUCAUCAGUAUGUUGAUAUGCCACAUUGGUGAUAGACGGAUUUAAACAUGUGUGAACAAUAUAUGAGAGAGAGAAAGGCUUUUUGUGUUCAUAGAAAAGUUUUACAUCUUUGAAAUCUGGGAGCUAAAACAAAAGUGCUUUACAUUUUUGUGGAGUGUAUAUUUGCACGCAAAACCACAAUAAUAAACACGUGAAUACGCCAAUCAAAACUGAGCAUUAUUAUCUUUGUAAAAGCCGUUUUGAUCCAAUUCUUUAUUGGAUGUUGUUGCACUGAGCAUCGCCGGACCUGCUCCUCGGUGAGGUCAGGCCGAGUCCCUCACUGUCAAUCAGGUGAGGAGUGAAUGACGGUUUGUGCCCUCCACAAACAGCAUGUUGAUGUUCCUGUUCUAAAUACGGAUGGCGGUCUGUUGCUCUGCUCAGACAUUAUUCUCCACCGCAUGGUAUGCAUCUCCAUCCUCCCCGCUUGUGUAUCUCCCUAAUCAGUGCAGGAUGUCUCGUUAUUAACUGCAGCAGGCCACUCGUGUGACAUGGAGGAGGGAGAAAUUAGCAGCUGUCACCCAGUGAUGAGUUAAUUUCCUGACAGGCUUUCUGCUGCAGAUGACCAGACGGCUGAUGGAAACCUGCCGCAGAAGUUUAAUUGGAGAGCAGGAAAAGGGCAGUGAGGGUGGGAGGAGGGGGGGUCGUGGAUAGAGAGAUGAGGGUGACAACGUGCAGGCAAGGCUGGAAAUGAUGCUCAGUAAAAGUAUUAGAUUACAUUCAAGGAUGGAUAAUAAGGAAGAGGCCGCUUUGUUGGAAUGAACUGUCCUGUAUCGUUUGUGUACGUUUGUAAGUAGGCAGCCCUCCGCCAAGGCGCAACUGUUGGUGAAAGUAAAAAUGAAAAUCCGUAUUUGUGUUUGCAUUCUGGGACUGGGGGCCAAGUUUCCCACCGUGACUCAAACAGCAAAAAUAAAAAAAUAACUUCCUCUAUCUAUGAGCAUCCACCCUCCCGUUUUCCUUGGGAAGCUCCUGUAUUUUGCCCUUGUUUUGCGUCGUUCUCACAUUUGGCCCAAAAUUGCCCGUAUUUUAACGUUGGUCAAAUACAAAUACAGAUGAAAUUAGCAACUAUGCUAGAAUGUGGCUCAUUUACAGUACAGACGUAUCAGAUUUUCAUUAAUGUGCACUGUCCUGAAUAAAUACAUAAUAAUUAAUAAAUUAAAUAAUCUCCUGUACUGCAGAUGUCAACGGUGACAGUAUCCAUACUUGAGCGACCGCAAUCUCCGAGGACCACGGGGAUCAAGGAAAUUCUUAUUUUCAUUUGAAUGUAUUAUUUUUUUCAAUUAUUAUUUUAUUGUUAUUGUAUUUUGUAUUUUACUUUCUGGAAAAUUUGCCCUGUUUUCAAAUGCAGAUUUUGACACGUGUGAUCCAGAUUUGCCCAACAAUGCUAGCGUGUAAUCCUGCGAACUAACAAACAAAAAUAGCAAUGAAAACAAUACCAGUCACCUUCUUGCUUUACAGGCGUACGAAUACAAAUAUUCUUAAAUUCAUUCAUUUUUGGUUGUCAAGUAUGUCAUUUUCAAACAGCUCUUGUAUUUGGUUUCACUGAAUUGUGCAGGUGUGCCUAAAGCUGUGGCAUAACGACUUUAAGAAUUGAUUGAUUAAAAAUGAUCUACAAAAGGGAUGCACAUACGUGCAUUUUUUGUGCCGUUUGGUGCAGGUUUCCCAUUUUGCCACUGGUGUUGAGAAUAGAAAUAGCUUUUAACGUCAUCUGGUCAGGACUGAGAGAAUGCAGUACAAUAUGAUGGGUGACACACACACACACACUCGCGCACGCACACACUUGUGAACACACAAAGAAACACUAAGUUGCUCUCCCUCCUGCAGGCAACUCUCAUCACUCUCCUGGGGACAAGUGAGGGGGGCGGCAGUGAGGGUGGGGUGGUGGCGGUGGGAUUUCUCUUUCGCUCUGUUUCUCUGAGUAUGAUAAAUAUAGCAAUUGUGUUUAGUCGCCAUCAAUAGAAAACAUAUCAGCCUGGGGAUCAUUUCCUUAAUGUCUCCGCUAUUAGUUUUUGGCUUCCCUUUGGCAGUAUUAGCAUGCCAGCUAUGAUACGCUCUGCUUUGUGUGUGUGUGUGUGUGUGUGUGUGUGUGUGCAUGUGUGUCCUCCAGGCUCCAGGUGCGAUUCUAUUAAAUUUAAAUUUCUUGUCUGAUACUGCGCAUGCCAGCACAUCACCUUUGUUGUACACAAACUAACACCACAUACAGUAAGAAUUUGGGAUGGUUCACUUGUAGUCCGUCGUCUCCAUGGUCGUGGGACUGGAUAGAGGGAGCGAGGGGGUGCUGUUGUUGUAUGGGCCCUGCGUGGCGCUUCAUGCUCUCUCUUACUUUUACUAUGUGGCUCUGCGUUUGUGUCUUUGAUCAUGUUAAUCCCUGCCUAACGCCCACCCCCCUUGGUCUGCACGCCAUACACUCACUGCCACACACACCUCAGCGACCGACACAAAUUGACAGCCCACUCUAUCCGCCUCCCUUCAUUCCCUUGUAGAGAAGCUUACCCCAACCCCAAAAAAGAAUCACACAACCUAUGCGGGCGGCGAACAAUGUGCCAUUGAAAUUCGGCAGCACUGACCAGAAUGGGAUUUGAUUAUCUUGCAAAAUAAUGCUGAACCAAAACCAACUAAAAGGCUUUAUUAGGACCGCGACACUGACGUCCAGUGUUUCAAAGGUCAAUAACACUUUAAAGGGUGUGGUUAAGUCAUCACAUUGGUGGGGGCUUUUCCACUGCUCAGUACCAGCUCUGCUCAGUACAGUUCUGAUCGCUAUUUUUCAAUGGCAAAACCAGGUAUUAUGAGGUCCGUAUUCCAGUACCUGGCCAGCUAUGAUUCCUAGCAGCCUUUAUGGUCGGGUUUGCUCACUGUUUGAUUGAUUUAUUAUUAUUGGUAAUAUUAUAGGCCGCACAUGUGGAAAUUAUUGUGAAACCAAUACGAAAUAGCUUUACCUGUUGCUAAACUUUAGCGCUGAGUAUUACACUUCACAGUCACGAAGUAUGUCUCACAUCGAGAGGUAAAUCCAGGAGAAUCCUGCUUGCUUGCUUGUAAAGAUUUUUUUUUUCAGGAUCACAUAACAUUUGUGAGCACUCGUUGCUAACAAAUACCACAAAGCCCAAUUUUUAAGUUGCACACACUCAUCAUUCUGUUUUCUUGGCAACUUGGGAUAGAUGUCUCUGUUGCCAUUCAUUCAUUUUCUACUUCUUCUCCUUUUCAGGGUUAUGUGGAGCUGGAGCCUAUCCCAGCUGAAUUUGGGCCAAAGGUGGAGUGCACCUUAGAUUGGUCACCAAUCAAUUGCAUGAAAUAUAAAGACCAGGGGCGUCCGAAGUGCGGCCCGAGGGCUAAUUUACGGCCCAUGGCUGUUUUUUUUAUUGGCCUUUAGUACAAAAAAAAAUACAAUUAAACAAGAAAACUAAAAAAAAAAAAAACAACAGCAAAUAUGACAAAAGUGUAGUAAUUUUAUGAGAAUAAAGUCAUAAUAUUAAGAGAAAAUAUUGCCAGACAUUGAACUAUUAAAAACUAAAAAUGUAAUAAAUUAAUUUUUUUAUUAUUUUUUUUUUAAACAGUUGUAAUAUUAUGAAAAACAAACAAAACAAAGAAUAACGCUGCAAUUUUAGGAAAUUUGGGUUGGGUCAAAGUUAUAAUAUUACAAUAAUAAAGUCAAAAUAUUAUGACAAUAAAGACAUACAGAGAAAAAAAUACAGGAAUAAAGUAAAUAAUAUAAAAUAAAUAAUAAUAAAUAAUAAUAAUAAUAAUAAAUAUUUGUAAAAAUAAAUAUAUGAAAACAGCAAAAAUUAAUAAAAAUGGAAAAACAAGCAAAAAAGCGAAACGUAAGGAGAAAAAAUUAAUAUCUUAUACCUAAUACCCAAACUUUGAACCCUGCGGCUUAUUCAGUAGUGCGGCUAAUUUAGGGCUAAAUUCGAAUCUCGUGAUAUCUCCUUCAUUUCAGAACUACUACCUAUUAUUUAAACACUGUGCCGCUUGCAGUAUAACAACAUAACAACAGUCUGACUCACGGUGUCGUCUUACUAAGAACACUAAACUCAUCACACAGAAAUUUAACACUCAAAAAGUAUACCGGAAAAAUAUACAAACAUGUACCAACACAAGGUUAACAUGAAAAAAACAAUCUUUUAAAGUUUUCCUAUCAUGCAUUGCAUCUGAGCAACGCAUUCAUUGGUACCUGCUGGGGCACUGCAAUGAUGUCAGCUUCCCUCUGGGCUCCUCUGGUUCCCUCUGGUGGACAGAGACAGCAUUGCAGCGCCAUCCAUCCAUCCAUUUUCUAUGCCGCUUGGCCUCCGAUGAAGUGCUUUGCUCAGACAAAUGCAUUAUGGGAAAACCUGAAAAUAGUUUUUUUCCCAUUUUAAACUUGUUUUGGUACAUGUUUGUAUAUUUUUUAGGACCUCCUGCAAUUUCCAAUGGGUUGACAACUCGACAAGCUCAUAGCUCAUGAUUGGCUCCUGUCAAAUAAAGAGAUGCCUGGUUUUCACACUCGUGCGUGCCACAAUAUAUCAUUUUAUGACAUGGACAUGUGCGGCUUAUAGUCCAGUGUGGCUUAUAUACGUACAAAUCUGUUUUUUCCUCUAAAUUUAGUGGGUGCGGCUUAUACAUAAUUUACGCUCAUCACAGAUAACACAAAACUGAGAUGCAGGCUGUUUUUUUCUUUACAUAUAAAACAUGUCUCAGCAUAUCUACAUGGGUUGGUUUAGAAAAGUUUAAAAUGGCCCCCGCAUCCUUUGAUUUUUCACCCCUCGCUGGAAAAAGUUUGGAAUAAAUAUAUAAUGUUUGCCGUAACAGGCUUGUUUUAAAUCCAUCCCUAAGUUUGGCAAACGCUGCUUUAUACAAAUCAUAACAAAACUGCUGUAAAGUUCCACUUUUGUUUGUUUUUGCAUCGUGAUGUACAGUAACCUGUAAAUACCACAUUUAAAUCUAACUCCUGGAAUUAAACAUGCUUGGUUUUAUCACACGGUUUAACUCGCGCACCUACCGUAUAUUCUGAGAAGAGGUGGUACGCUACCUUACGCCAACACGCAGCCACUCCGGUUUAAAUAGCAGAUCUUCACUGUCAGCCUGUGAUAACACCUUUCUACACGGCUGCUGCAGCCAUCUGUUUCGUGUCAGCACUGCUAUAUAGGGCUUGAUUCUGUUGGUGUUUUCAUUUUAGCAACAUAAACAGUGCGGCAGAUGAAGUCAAAUAAAACGUUUCGAUUUGGUUUUAUUAUUAUUUGCAUCUUGGAAUAACAUUUUACGACAUUAUGAAAAUUGAGCCACUCAUGCAGCCGAAUGGAGGAGUAAGUUACAUAUACCUAAGUUAUGCAUAUUAGAAUAAUUUCUGAUCAUACCUGUCAUAUUUGCAUUUGCAAAUAAGGGACAUUUUCUGGAAAGUAAGGCGAAAAGAGGGAAAAUUAGGGUAAUUAUGGUCCUCCACAAGAAACCCUAACUAUGAAAAUACAGGGUCAGGCAAAAUGAUCUGACACAUUUGUAGGUAAAUAAAAGGCAAAUAAAGUAUAGAAACAAGAAAGUGUUUUUAUUUUCAAAAAGUACAUAUGAUGCCAUUCUGUUUCAUCAUGUUUUAAAAAUGAAAUCAGUCGAAUGGGAUCCAUUAUCGUCCACACACUCAAUGCAGAUCCAGUACAGAUUAGUAGUUACAGAUUCGUUUGUUUUGAUAAACAUUUCCACAAUGAAAGCGCGAUGCUCACCAGUCCAAUUCAUGGCAGCAACUGAAAAAGAAACGAAAAACGAUGGCGUUAUAAAGAAACAAAGCAAAAUGGCAUUAUAUGAAAAAAAUGGCAUUAUGUGUACUUCUUGAAAAUAAAAACACUUUUUUGUUUCUUUACUUUAUUUGCCUUUUAUUUAACCUACAAAUGUGUCAGAUCAUUUUGCCUGACCCUGUAUUUCAAAAUAAGGAAUCCUACUUCGCGGAAAUUCACUUAUCACGGUCGGGUCUGGAACCAAUUAACCACGAUAAACAAGGGAUGUGUAUCCCGAGAAUGCAGUCUCGCUUUGGAAUCCAUUUCCAUAAUUUAGAAAGUGAAAGACUUGUGGUAAUUAGAAAAUUGCAGAGCAAACCCUAUUACCCGCUAGAGGUUUAAAAAAUAACAAUUUGGAAACGUUGAAAGGCUCAAGGGCCAGACAUGGCAUGCAAGUCAUAUUUUAGGUGUGAUGUAACAGUAAGUACAUCGUCUGCUGUUAGCCUAAGGUAUAUUUUAAUAAACACACCAGAGACUCUUAUAGUCUUCGUUGAGUGCAGUUGGACCCUCGUCAGCGUGUGAAAUGUGAAUAAAUGAGUCCAAACAAAACGAUGUGACUCGGCAUCGGUUACAUUUCCCUCCUAAUCUAAAGUGAGGAAGUGAGUACUCCUUUCUCAGCGUGAUCUCAUUUGCUGUAUUGAGUUUUUCUCGUCACUGCUAUUGAGUUAGAUGUGAUGCUACUUCUGUCCUUUGGAAAAGUGCACUCCCAAAUUUAUGGGCCUGCCAAUGGUUGGUGUCAGUGUCAUUGAGCUGGACUCAUAUUAUUGGCCAAUUCCCUCAUCCCUAGUGAUCUGCUUGACAUUUCGGCCCCCUAAAAAUCCCUAUAUGGGAGUUAGCCUUUGGAGUGUAAUGUUCUCAGAGAAGAAGAACACGUCAUUGCAAGGAUUUAUUCCCAAAUUGAUCUUAAACAUAUCCGAGCUUCUUCUGUCCUAUUUCAAAGCAGGACAUAAUUGUGGUGCUCUUCCUUCCCUGUCCAACCUGACUUUUAACCAGCUUGCAUGGUGAACUGAGCCCCACAUUUGUGAAGUGUAGCCCUAGGAGUCCCCUAGUGGCCUUCGCCGUGCUGUAACAAGCUUGGAGGGGGCCCUUUGGUAAGUGCUCUUCAGGGAUUGCGGCUGUGAUCUGACCGUCCCUGGGGUCCUGUUAAUUUCUGCUCCUCACACAAAGCCACAGCACACCUCCUCUGCUCACUUCGUUCCUCCACUACUUCAUCCAGCCCUCGUCUUCCCUCUCUUCCUGCUCUUUAUGUCGAAGGUGUGCUGUCAACAGGGGCCUCAGCAGUCUCAUUAGAAGCUGGUAGAGGGUGUGAAAUUGUGACGGCGACAUGGAUGUACAGAUCAGUGGCAGGGUACUGUCGUGGCUGGAGAAACAGUCCAUUAACCAAACCCUUUCUUUUGUGCUCACUUCUUGCAAGUCCCUGUCCACUGAAAGAUUCUUUCUGAUCUCAUCUGCAUCCAUUUCUGCAUUCAAGGAGGAGGUCAUGUGUUCUAUACACAGCGAGACAGAAGGUGAGUUAGACAAUCAUGCGAGAGUUCACCAUCCAUCACUGACCUGCAACUCACAUCUACAUUUUUAUUCUCCAUAAGCAAUCAAAUCAAAGAGCAGCGUUGCUCUGAUGAAAGCCCGUGUGUAUUGACUGUAAAGGUCAAAUCAAAGUUGAGAUAAUGGCUCCAACGUCGCACAAAAGUUGAACAUUUUUGACACCAAGGAAUGGUGAACUCGUGACAAGCAGCUGAGGGCAGAGACGGCAAUGACUGAGGAAAAGGGUCUGGACCCCACAACGCUGCAAUUAUAGGAACACCCAGCCAGCACUAAACCAUCAGGACAGACGUGUGGAGUAAAAGUGUGGGGCUAAACACAACUGCUCCAAUGUGCCUCCAAGAAAACACUGGGGCAACUGUAACGAGAGCUUUUUUCCCCAGUCAGUCCUGUCCCAUCUUCUUCUUCUCGUGCCCUGUGGUGGGGCCAACAAGGGUCUGAACAUGAGCCUCAAGGGGGAUGUUGCUGGUUUGGGUUAAAAUUGGGAAGCAGCACAGAAAGGACGGAGUUCAUGCUGUGCAACUUUACGGGAGUGAUAAGCGCGAAUAAGCUGUCAGUAUCGGCGUUGGAUGGGCCGUAUUGUUCAUAUUUAGAUAGAGGAACAAUGGCGAUGUGUCAGGCGCCUAUAGUUCAUAAUGUGCUGAUGCUGACCAAGUGUCAGUGUGAUCCAUGAGUGCUGAGCCUCCUGCAUCCUUAAGCAAUCCCCCAUAGGAAUGUCACGGGGGAGAGUACAAAUGGGACAGCAUCUGCCGGACUAUAGAUAGAUAAGGCAGAGCAGAGGAAUGGGGAGAGAAUAAAGGAACACUCGAAGUAAGUAGUGAAAGAUAUAUUUAACAUAGAGGAAGAAGGAAGGUGAGAAGCAUCGAAGAUGGACAGAAAGGAAAGGUCGGAGCUGCGAUUCGAGCCUAGAACCACCAAAAUAAAAAUCCAUUUGAAACAAUACAGAGACCCACUGCGCUGUUUAACAAUUCCUUCUGAAAAACAAAGGUGUAUGUGUUUUAGACUUUUUUUUUCAAUUUCCAACUGGUUUACAGGUGUAUCGUGCCACUGACAGACGGUGCAAGAUGAAAAUUUCAGAUGGCCGGCUUUGGAUAGCGAUUGGCUGUUCUCAUGUUACUCUGCCGUUCCUUUGCCAUUUUCAAUAUCGCUCGGGCAGAAUCUUACUGCAUUUUAGACUUUUAUGGCUGCCGGACAGGCGGGCAGCCGGUCUUCCUCCAGCCGCAGAGGUCACCGUACGCAACAUGACAAUAUUUUGACAAUAAUAGGAUUUCAAAAAUUAAGGUUUUCAAGGCCGUGACAUGUUAUAUACUCACAUAUUUCAUGUGGGCAGCCUGUAUCACGCUCCCUCUCCUGCAAGACAAUAAGUCGCUUGUGUGCGACAGCACAGUCAUCCGUCGCCAGUUCACGCUUCACUCUAUCACGUUUUUUCAAAAUAUAUGAAUGAAUAAAUAAUUGCUUGUUUCUGGAUGACUAUAGCUAAGUCUUAGCCAAAAAAUAUGCAUGUGUCAGCAAAUUUCAAGUAUUUCUGACCUGAAUUAAGCAUUUACAAGCAUAAAAAUGAUGGAUUGACCUAAAAUACAAAUUUAAGGCAUUCAGAAAACACAUUGAAAAACACAUUGAUAUGUAGUAUUCUACUCUGGUCACUAGGUGUCAGUAAUUAGCCACCACAAGAAGUCCCGGAAGGAAAAAAAAAAACAACAACCAAGAACUCUCCCAAUGCAAACAUGUGCGAGUCAAUAUCAUGUCUUAUUUUUUAUUAUUAUGACUAUGGGGUGUUAUUUCAUGCCUAGAGGGCGCUAAUAAUGUUAAAAAAAAAAAACAUAUUUUGAAGGUUGUAAACUGGUUUUCUAUGCUGUAACUGCGAAAAUAUUCUAAGGAAUUCAACUUCACAGUCGGCUGUGGAGCCAAUUAAACGCGAUAAACAAGGAAUUACUGUACUCCAAAAUAAUAGUAAUCCAACAUAAUAGCCAUCCAAAUAUAAUUUCAAAUUGAGCAGUGUGGACCGUCCAGGAGCUAGGACUGUUGUCAUGAGGCAAUAGGCGGAGCUUGGCCUUUUACAAGACACAAACUGGAUGUUGAGAGACAGACUGUAAUUGAGACCUUUCGUGUAAACUGGGCUGAAUGAAGGCGUUAUUCAUACAGAUGUUUCUGAGGCAUAUUUGGACGUUCCUCAUGCAAAGAUGUGAGCCUUAAAGAAAUAAUCAUGUACUUUUUUGAGGCAGAAAGCAGGAUGGUGGUCAACUGUGAGCUCCUUCCCCAACAAUAAAGACUUGAUUGUGAGAUGCCAAGAGGUACCCUGGUGCCAUCAUAAUCCAUCCACCAGCCUUUCUUUCAAUAUGAAUCUCGACAUAUAACUGUUUCACCCUCGCAUCACCACGGCGGUGACAGAUGACAACUAAUGGCGGAUCUUUGAUGGAGAAUUUGAACAGAUCUUAUCAAGCUUGCAGUGCGGGCGUUUGUGAUUUGUGACAGCACUUUGAAGUGCCGUAAAGAGGCGCACGGGCGCACACACAAAUGCACGCGUGCACGUCGCAUAUUCGCCGGCGUUCUCGAAUGUGUCACAAUGAAAAUGCCCCCCCAGGCAUUCUUCAUUUACUGUCACAGCCAUUAGACAUGGAAGUGGAAAAAAAUAAGAGAUAGCAUCAGUAACGCAUGAGCCCCAGUAAUUAGCCUCCUGAUGCAAAUACGUUUACAUGAUGUGUAUGUGUGUGUGCUAAUGCAUAUAGUGCAUCCAUGGUUGUGCACAGGAUGUGCAUUGUGUAAACUGGAAUCAUCAUUUCCAUGGGUGAGAAGCGAAUUCUGUCUUAAUGUCUGAUAAUACUGUAUAAGAUAAGGUCUGUGUUGGUUUAAAUGAGUCAACGAGAACUGGAAUAUUUAUUCCAGGCAUGGCAUGCUGAUGCUAGUCAAGGCCCUUGUGUUCCACGAGCUACAGCCUGAGUAUCUCAGUGUAUUUAUGCUAACAUGUCAAAAGGUUUUUGGUCACAAUACGGUUACCGGUUUCAAGGUAUGCCACUGUAUGAAAAAGUCACGGUUUCAAAACCGCUAAAAUAGUCCGUCAUCCCUUCCUGCGGUCUGAGAGAAAGUGGGGGUCCAGCGCGGCCACGAUGUGGAAAUACUUUGUCAUGUCCUGUGUUAUUCCACGCAGUUGUAACUGGGCUUUGAUGUGCCGAAACCACAGGCGUGAGCUGUGUUGCAAAGAGGUCGGGCAGCUUAACCGUUGUGGCAUAGCUAGCAGUGACUUUAGCUCGUGCUAAACGCAGCCAACGCGUCAGAUAAUGAGGUUUGUGCAUUUGGAAGUGAGACCUGAGAGCAGUUUUGGAUGGUUCUGCACGCUGUGUUUUACAAAGUUUUUUGAACACCGAGGUCCACUGACAUCAACGCAACCCGGACUUCCUUAUAUGGGCAUACCCAGGCACACGCUGUAGGCCUGCCCUCCCCCCGCUCUGCUUCGCUCUGCUCUGUUCACCGUGUUAGCACGUAUGGCUCCCAGGAAAUAUUCGGGUGUGCCUAAAGAGGCAAGCAUCAGGCAGAAGUGGUUGGAGUUGCUGAUUCCCGGCCAGCAAGAGACAAAUAUGCUCAUCUGUCAACGGCACUUCACAUGGGACUGUUUUGCGAACAUGGGCCAAACUGCUGUUGAAGUCCGACGCCUUUCCAACGUUACUUGGUCGUGCUGAAGAGUCAGAAGAGCAAGCUGUCAGUAACAGUUUGUCAGUGUCCUAACUGUGUUUAUUUUGUGUAAGUAAUCAGACAAAAGCAGUCUGUGUAGCUUUAUAGAGUGUGCAUACAGCGAGCGGAGCGAGCGGAGGGAGUGUGGCCGAGUGACCGAGUGGAGGAGGGCCGGGGGUGAAGUAAAUUACACAGACUGUUUGGGCGGGAGGCAGGAAACCCAAGGAAACACUCCAGGAAGAGGUAACAACAUGUGUUAACACGACACGUUGCAGCUUAAAAUGUAUAGUAAAUACACCAAUAGAGCAUUAUUAAGUGAAAACAUUGUACUCACGUGAAAGAUCCCUUCAAAGGGAUGCACAUUUGGAAGAUUUACUCCAUUUACAACAUGUUACCUUGUUAUAGCUGGCAGAUCUCGAUGAAGGCACACGUGUCAUCGUUCCACUGGUACACUGCUGUUGUCAUCGUUGUCGGUCGACAUAUUACUCCAGUCGAAGGCCGCCAAAAGUGGAGAUGGGAUUCAGAAGGAGACAGAAGCAGAGAAUAAGUGGUAUAAAGCGUUUACUCUCCACUGAACAGCAAGCAACAGCUACUUAGCAACAGUUGCUAACAACAAUCACAACAGCUCACUUCCCCUCAAGUUGUAAGAAAUUGGGAAUUUGAACCGUCAUUCAGCGUGAUUUCCCAAUUUUAGGAGACUUCAACUCGUUUGCUUUUUAUUUAUUUAUUUGUUUUGCUUUUUGCAGCUCUUUGACAACACUAAUUCAAAAAGCUGCCCACACGACAGCCUCUCAGGGAUCGUGUCACACGCAGCAGAGUGCCCCGAUGCCACUCAAUUUAAUGGCCCAAUGAAAAGCAUUGAAAAUCAGCAAAUUUUCAUCACUUUCUAAAACAAAAAAAAGAACACAGCACACCCACUAUGUAAAAACAGGACAUGUUCUGAAAAAGCUCUCAUGUCCUGUGGUAUUGCUUCGCUGCCGCCUAUCUGCCUUGUGUUGCGGUGCACCGCUGGCCGGCAGGGGCGGGGUCAUCAGCACACCUGUCGUCAAUUACCACUGGCUUAUUAAGCAUGGCUGAAGCAUUCCCUUGUUGCUAGAUCGUACCUUGGACUCCACUUGCUCUCUGCUCUGCCCGGCCUCAUGGUGUAGCGUACUUUCUUUGUUCUGGCUCUUGUUUCAUGCUAAUGUUAUCCUUUUCCUGCUCGGCAUUCCAGCAGAGCCUUGUAUUCUUGCCUCGUGCGUCCGUUGUCCUGUCUGGCUUCUUCCAGCAGCGCUCUGUAUUAUUAGUAUUUGUUUUUCCUGCCAGCCUUUUUCCUUGGCAGUGAUUUUUGCAUUCAGUAUUUUUGCGCUACCUGUGUUGUUUUUGCGUUACGCGUGGACUCUAUUGUAUUUUUUUGGUCACUUUUUGUAUUUUUCCCUCUUACGGAGGACACCCUUUGUUAUUAAAUCAUUUUUUACACUGAUCGUUUUCCUCUCGGCAUUGGGAUCCAAAUUCUGGCGUGCGCCAAUCUUAACAAAAACGGGAUGUUUGGUGUUUGGUCACCCUAGUAGGACUUCAGGUACUUUUCACAUGGAUCUACAAAAUGUCUGAAAUCCUAAUGUGUGUGUGUCAGGCCACUAGUUGUCGAUAACACUUAAAAAAGUGCCUCUUUUAAACAGCCGAAAUAACACAAUUUCCAUCUGUUUCAGUUAAAAAUAGAAUGACAUAACAAGCAGGGCCCCUCAACAGAGGCAGGCCUCAAGGCUCAAUCAUAGGUCCAAUCCUGUUUCAUUACACAUCAUUUGAGUAACCACAUGCCCUUUGCAAAAUUGAAUCGGCUUCAUGUCGAAAAAUAAAAUGCAUUUAUUAAAAUUCCAACAAUAUAUUCAUAUUAAAACCAUUUUCACAAAGGUUAGCACACAUGAAUUCAGUAGUCCAACUCUUGACAAACACACUGAAGCAUGCCUGUAACAUUUUCCAGCGCUUCAAUGAUUGUCUCUAAAACAUUAAACGUUAGUUUUUACACAUUUGGUUAAAAUUUGAGCUCAUUUAAGCGAGAAUUGUCUGAACCUGGAUUAAAUGAUGUCAGUGUUUUUGGGACUCCCUGAAUCUUUGCGGUCAAUCUUUGCUAUACAUCAAUUUUGUUUCAUGAUUUUGCAGACGAUAUACACAUCUACAGUAUAUGCCUCGAAAUUCAGGCAAAGGCUCUUUCUCAAUGACAUGAAAUAUUUGGUCAUCCCUUUCUCUUUGAUGGUCUUGACAGCGUUCUGGGCACUUUAUCAAUGUACGCUAACACAUGUCAGAAACGUGUCAGAAACCUAUACAGUAUCUGUCUUUGAGUGUUCUUGGGUUCGUCUCAAAUUUGACAAACAGGUGACUGCAGUGGUCAAAUCGAGCUUCUUGCAUUUGAGACAACCAUAGCUAAGGUAGAAACCAUAGUUUUGCUAUUGACUACUGUAAUUCUCUACAUUAUGGUCUGGACCGGGCUUCCUUACGUCGACUCCAGCUGGUCCAGAAUGCAACUGCAUGCUUGAUGAUCGGUAUGAAGCGGUGUGAUCACAUCACCACAGCGUUGACCGCACUGCACUGGCUUCCCGUGUCUUUUGGAUCCCAGCUUUAUUAUUUGUUUUUCAUGUCUUAAUUGUCCUAACCCUUCUUAGCUAUCUGAACUUAUGUAGCUACAGUCAUCAGGCUGAACUGUGAGAUUCCCAAGAAGAAAAAAAAGCCUUGACGGUAGCAGGACCCAAAUUCUGGAAUACAGUGAAUACCCGCAUAGUCACAAUUCAGCAUUCAGGAUUUUUGGUUUUCACUCAUCGCCAGUACAAGAUGGCAGCAACGCGUGUCACUAUGGAAGGGCUAGCUUCUACAGUCAGCUUCAACGAGCUGGCCUCGAAGCUUGCAGCGAGGUGAACACAAGUUAAUACAUGACCAUAAGUUGUUCAUGGAAUUACAACAAGCAAGUAGUGUGGGUUAUGUUGAGGCGGCUUGGCUGUUUUCAUUGUACAGCACUUUGGGCAGCAAUUGUUGUCAAAAAUGUGCUUUAAAAAAAUAACACUGACAUUGACAGAAAUAGCUCCUUAGCUGUCAUCCUGCUUUGUGGAACAACAACAAAAAAAAAACUCACACAAGCUUUAAACAAUAGCCAAGCAUCGGUUAUUAUAAUUAAAACUUGGAAAACUACUUCUUGUCAUGGAUAAUACAAAAAAAAAAAACAUUUUCGCAGUUUUGCUAACAUAGCUCAACUCUGCGUACACUUACUUAUGUAACAUGCUUUGCAACAAGGAGGUAAAGCGUCAGUUGACUUUUAAUAUGAGACAUCUCUGAGGAAGGGAAUAACAGCCGGGCAGAUAGAAAAGUCCUAAAAGUCUGUGGUAAAUUAGAAUGUGGACAGUUUGAUGCUUGUGUUCAAAAGAAGAAUAUAAAUAGGUGGACUAAGGAAUUUGUGUAAUUGAAUUUAUCAGGGGGCAAUCUUAUAUAAUAACCAUGAUGAAAAAAAGACAUGUCUUUCUAAAGUUAAUUUAAGUAAAACGUGACAUUAUUCAAACAAGGGAGAAACAAACUUCAUCAUUUCUCGUCUGUCAUAUGUCUCUGCUACAACAGGAUGGAACAAAAACAGCAGUAUGUUAAAAAAAAAAAUAAACAGACUCUCUGAACUCCAGAUCCAUAUAGCAUGGCACGUUGCCAGGAUCAUCUUACCUGUGGUUCUUCUGCAUGGUCCUUCUUCGUCUGUGUUGGCCCAGGUCUGAGUUCUGUUCAGCAUCAAGCCUUGCGAGCUGACGCUAACACAAACACACAGCAGUCACAGUGUGACUCAGUGAGCGACAGCCUUGAGGCUUUUUGGUCUGCUAAACGUCGCCGACAUGUCCGAGAGGUUAGCCAGUCCUUCACUCUGCUCCCGCGGAGAAGACCCACCCUCGGUUCUUCAGUGGGUCGGUCUCAAAGCACAGACUCACCCACUAAAGAAGGAACUUCCAAAUGAUUUUGAAGAAAGUCAUCUCAGCAUAUAUCAUCACAAAUAUAGCACACGUUCUCCAAACCUGCUGAAUAAAAACCUGGCAAGGGAGUCAAAAUUUACAGUUGAGGUGCACUCAAAAUGUAUUCAUUUCUUGCAGUAUUCAAUCACCGCCACAUCAUUAAAAAUAGGGAUGGGCGAGGAAAUGACGGACUGGAAAUGGGUGGGGCUUAAAUCGGUACUUUACUGUAAGUCUGAAACUGACAUGAAUUGAUCAGAAGGUGCUUUAUUUAUUGUUUAUUGUUUAUUAUUCAGCUAUAUGUGUACUGUGUAUGUGUGUGAGUGAUCUGUAAGACUUUAUUAUUGAAUUUUUUUGGAAUGAUCUGUGUGACUGGCCAAUCACAGAGUGUGAAGAAUGAAUAGUAGUUACCUAAUGAGGAUUUUUCUUCAUCACGAUUACGGAUAAUGAUGAGCUGUACUCGUUUCAUGCUUGUACUCGGCAAAAACGCAUGAUCCAUAACAGAUACUCGUCAAAAGUUCUUAAAUAAUAGUGGCAAAUAAAACCUGUUACUCACAGAAAUGUCAGUGAUGACAACUGUGCUGAUUAGACACCACAUGAUUUUUAGAUAUCAAUACAUAAUUAAUUUACGUGGAAUUUGGUCGCAUAACUAGCCCAGCUUCUUACUUUGCAGCUGGUGUGUGCUCGAAACAAAACAGAAGGCGUUCAAGGUGCUUCCCAUGCUAAUUAACAUGCGUGACGGCAGCACGACACCAAAGCAACUAUUUUUAUUGGAUUUCCACAGUUUCUGUACUUGGUCAAUAUUAUCUGUGUAGCAGAAAUUGUGUGCAUAUUUUAGCAAACAGCACAUCAAUAAUGACUUCCACUACAAAUCAUUUUACAGGAUGCAAUUACAGUUCAUAUCAGAGCCACUCAAUAAAACCUGUCAGGUUUUUGGGUCAUUUCCCCGCCCAAUAUCCAGGAUUAAAUCAUCAAUCGAGAAAAGACCAAACCUUAUCCAAGAUCCAAGGUUCAUUUCAUCAUCACUAUAACUCACUAACGUAACAAUUACAACCAUGGAAUUUCCAUUUCACCUGCGACUAACAAUUUCAUAAAAAUACAUAGAAUAGAAGAUCCUUGUAAAGAUCUCUGCAGGUUCGGAGCACAAAAUGCACACAAAAAUACAAUAUUGGAUGAGAGAUAAAGAGCAGCGGUAGGAGCAGAGGUUGGGUAGGAUUAACUGUAAACUGGAGAAAACAAGUUGGUAGAGGUGGAUUUUUAGAGCAGUUUUAAGGAGGAGAUGGUAGGCGCAGUUGUGACGUGUCGUGGCAAAAUGUUCCAAAGGCGGGAGGCAGUGGCAGAAAAGGUGCAACAACUACAACAGAAUUUGUGAACAUAUAAGAUUUAAGUCAGUAAAAACUUUGUCUAUGGUAAUAAAUGACAGCGGUGAAGUGUGUUAUCCACUGCUGGGUUAUGAGCAGUGAAAACGAUUCCCACCGGAUGAUCAGCAGAGAUGUAACACCGUGUUUCUUUAUGACACCUGUGCUGACUUUCUUCCUCCAAACUGGCCAGACACAUUCUUUACAUCAGCCAUUUUUAAUGGUGACAUAUCUCACUUUGUAGGGGAGCCUUGUCCCUCUUCACAUGCAUGGUGGUGGCCUUAGCAUUGCUGUAGAGACUGGGUGAGUUGUGGUGGGGCCCUGGAGGACGUGUACCGGAAAGCAGUAAGGUAGGUGGCUAUAGUGCAGCUUUAGUGCAUCAAGAGUGUAUCCACAGUAGUGUACAUGGCAAUGUGGGACCAAGCUAACAGCCUCAGGGUCGACUUUAGGGCUCUGAGUGCAGGCCAACAUUUGCAUCAGACCACAUUUCUUCUCCAGUAGUAAGAUCUCCACUGCCCACCACAACUGGCCUACGUUUGGGGAGCUGGCAAUAUUUGCUUCAGUGUACAAAUCCCCGGUGCCACUAUAAUACAUUU